CGACAGUUCUAGAGCGGAGCUUCGCGCUUGCUGGCGGCUGGUCUUCCCUCGCCCGUUGGCUGCUCCUCUGCCAAGGGGCUCCUGAAUGAAGAUGGCGACUGAGGCGAGGUCGGUCUUGUUCGUGUGCCUGGGGAAUAUUUGUCGAUCACCUAUAGCGGAAGCUGUAUUCAGAAAACUUGUGAUUGAUCAGAAUGUAGAAAACAAGUGGAUGAUAGACAGUGCUGCUGUUUCUGACUGGAACGUGGGGCGCUCCCCAGAUGCAAGAGCUUUAAGCUGUCUAAGAAAUCAUGGCACUGAAACGGCCCAUAAAGCACGACAGAUUACAAAGGACGAUUUCCUGACAUACGAUUAUAUACUUUGUAUGGAUGAAAGCAACUUACGAGAUCUAAAAAGGAAAAGCAAUCAAAUUAAGAACUGCAAAGCUCUAAUUGAACUGUUAGGCAGCUAUGAUCCACAAAAACAGCUUAUUAUUGAAGAUCCAUACUAUGGAAAUGAUGAAGAUUUUGAUACUGUUUAUGAACAGUGCCUUAGAUGCUGUAAAGCAUUUUUAGAGAAACCUCAUUAACAUCGCUGAGUGUUCCUGAAAGUAACCAACAGUAGUUAUUCUAUAGAAGAAGUAUUCUAAAACAUACUUAAUAUCUUAAUUGUAAUAAUGUGCCUCUAGGAGACAUGCAAGUUGAAUUUUAUUCAUUUUAGUUUUGUAAAGCAGUUCCUAUUUGAGAAAUAGUAGACUACCAAAAAAAGUAUUGUGCUUGAUCAUCCCUGUAAUGAGAGAAAGAUUGUCCGACAAACAGAAUAAAGAUGCAACUCUGAA